GAGAGAGGGCGAGUGGUCAGGCUUCUGACCAGGGUUAGUUUUUUAACCGCGGGCGUUACGCACCGAGUGAAAGAAGACGGAAAGAGCGAGUCACAGAGAAAGCGCAGAGAGAGCACUUGAGCAAAGACAGGAACAGAGAGACAAAAGGGCUUUGUGGAUUGGAGGUCUAGAAUUUCUCCGAGCCAACUGGGACCGAUUCCUUGCCCUUGAACCCUUCUGAUUCCUCCGACUCGGUACGUUGGCUCCUUUUUGGUUCUUCGUCAAAUUGAAAGGUCCUCUUACGGCCGGUGCCGCUCAGAUCUCUCAUUCUGGUAAGUCUGUCCAGCAUUUCUUUUCUCUAUUUAGGUUUUCAGAGGGCUCAACGACGUUAACGGAUGUUUUCUCCACAAACGGACAAAUAGCUUUCUUUCCAAUUUGAUUCUGAAGAUCUCCAUGUUCUGAUGGUAUCGAAAUAAUGCAGUCAAAGGACAAAGGCUGUAUUUGGGGCCACCUGAGCUAUUCCUUUUUCUUACAUUUCUCUCCGUGACCAAACGUAGCUUCGACGAUUUUAUCGAAGUAUCCGCUUUUGUGUCCGGUUUUUGCAGUUUCCUUACGUUUUCUGCAGUUGGUGUUUGGUCAAGUUAUAGAGGAUUUGUUUCGGAGAUAGAUUCAAUUUUAAUCCAAGUAAAUGCUCAAAGGUUCUUGUGCGACAGAGGUUCUGCAUGUAUUUGCGGUUCCGAGAUCUGAAUGGUUUUUUUGGUUGACGAAGAUUCGGGACUGCCUUAUUUAAUACCAGUAGCGCACCGAUUUUCGCAUUAUUUGGGCGCGAUGGCUCACGCGAUGUAGCUAGUAUUGAGCUACAUCUCUUUUCUCCGUUUGUUUUGUGUUUUGGUUCUUUUGAGAAUCUUGGGUGGGAUUUGAAUUUGAGUUUGUUGAUUGAUGAUUGUUGGGAAGACUUGCUUUGCUCUCGAACGAUCGCGGUCGGCUUUGGAGUUGGGUGUCUUCUUGGGAGGGAAGAAAAUCUCUUCCACUGCCACCUCUGCUGCCGGCUGCGAGAACGUUCUGUUUCUCUAUUUGUUUGAUGUCUCGUGAAUUGGACAGCCCUGUUCAGACCCAGAUGCCAGUGGCAAUCUUUAAGAGCCCGCUUAGCGGGGAGUUCCAUGGGAACAGGGGAACAGAUGGGAGACAGCCUGCUGGAAGGAGACGAGUUUUUGUGCAAACCGAUGCUGGGUUUGUUUUGGGGAUGGACUUAGAUCGCGGUGACAAUGCUCAUACCGUGAAGAGGAGGUUGCAGCUUGCCCUUAAUGUCCCGACCGAGGAGAGCUCACUCAUUUUUGGGGAUAUGGUGCUGAAGAAUGACCUUACUGCCGUACGAAAUGAUUGCCCUCUUCUUCUUACACGGAACCUUAUGCAUAGAAGCUCCUCAACCCCUUGCCUGUCACCCACUGGGAGGGAUAUCCAGCAGAGAGAUCAGAGCAGUCCCAUUGAGAUAUUAGGUCGGUCAAAUCGCUUUGUUAAAAUGAAACAACUGGUCAAGGACAUUGUGAAGGCGAUUAAGGUAGGGGUUGAUCCAAUUCUUGUUCACGGUGGACUUGGCGGUGCAUACUAUUUUAGGAAUAGCAGAGGUGAGAGUGUUGCAAUUGUGAAGCCUACAGAUGAAGAACCUUUUGCACCAAACAACCCAAAAGGCUUUGUUGGCAAAGCUCUAGGGCAACCGGGUUUGAAGCGUUCAGUGCGGGUUGGGGAGACGGGUUUCAGAGAAGUUGCUGCUUACCUUCUUGACUCUGAACACUUUGCAAAUGUUCCUCCCACUGCCCUUGUGAAGAUCACUCACUCAAUCUUCAAUCUCAAUGAUGGGGUGAAUGGGAAUAAGCCUCACAAGAAGAAGCUGGUCAGCAAGAUUGCGUCUUUCCAACAGUACAUCCCACAUGAUUUUGAUGCCAGUGAUCAUGGGACCUCCAGUUUCCCAGUUUCGGCUGUGCAUCGUAUCGGGAUCUUAGACAUUAGGAUUUUUAACACGGACAGGCAUGCGGGAAACCUUUUAGUUAGAAAACUUGAUGGUGUUGGGAGGUUUGGUCAGGUGGAGCUCAUUCCUAUUGAUCAUGGCCUUUGCCUGCCAGAAACUUUGGAGGAUCCAUAUUUUGAGUGGAUUCAUUGGCCUCAGUCUUCAAUUCCAUUUUCAGAGGAUGAGCUUGAGUAUAUAGAAAAUCUUGACCCAGUCCGGGAUUGUGAGAUGCUGCGUAUGGAGCUUCCCAUGAUUCGAGAUGCUUGUCUCCGGGUCUUGGUUCUCUGCACCAUUUUCCUCAAGGAGGCUGCUGCUUUUGGUCUCUGCCUUGCUGAAAUUGGCGAAAUGAUGAGUAGGGAAUUCCACCGCGGUGAGGAGGAACCCAGUGAACUCGAGGUUGUGUGCAUGGAGGCAAGGAGGAUGCUAGCAGAGGAGGUGUUAUCCCCUAAAGCUGAUUCUGCAAAUGAGGAUUUUCAAUUUGAUAUAGACUAUGAGGAACUGGAGCCAGACUUUACCGCAAAGCUCGUACUAGAUGGUUAUAUGACAAGAGCACCAUUCCAAACUGGAAUGGUGGGUGGUUAUGGCCGCUGUCCACUAUCUACACUAGAGGAAAGCAUCAAGGAGGAGGAUGAGGCAAGUGAAGUUGAACAAGAGCAAGAGGGAAUUGCAAAUGUGCCAGCUCCUGAAAGCAUCCCAACCAUUUCAAAGCUUUCCAUGUCGUUGAAGUAUACUGUUUUAGGCGAGAAGAAUCAAAAGCACCAGAAACAUACUGGAGCAAAACUUGAAAAUGGCUACUUAUCGAGUACAUCGUCUGCACACAGGAGUGCAAAUGAGCAACUUCCUGCAAGCAUGAGCUUCGUGAAGCUGGCAGACAUGAGUGAGGAUGAGUGGGCAAUGUUUCUGGAGAGGUUUCAAGAGCUGCUGUACCCAGCUUUUGGGAAACGGAAGUCUGUGACCAUAGGUCAGAGGCAGAGGCAGAGGCUUGGUACUUCGUGCCAGUUUUGAGAUCGAGAUUCCUGUAGUUGCUUGACCGAGAGCCUAGAGGACUAAAGAAGAAUAAUAAGAGACUUUGUAGGUUUGUGGGAGUGAAGGAUUGUUAGGAUAGGUUUGGUUUAUGGGUAUUCUUGCAGGCAGGAUUGCUUGUUGGGAGCAACGGUAUUAGGGAUUGCUGUAAAUAUUUUUGGUAACAGCCAAAGUUCCAACUGUUGAGUUGGGUAGAAUUUGGUGUAUUCCUUUGUUUCGUUUUUUUUUUCUUCCUUCGACUCCUUGUGGACUUGUUUUAUAAAUAAUCUGUAGAAUGCCAAUCUGAAAAAGAAAGUUAUGUGAA